AGACGCCCUUAUUCAGGGCGAAUUACAAUCGUAAGCAAAAACAUUUCAAGUGUUACAAUACAAGUAAUACAAUAAGAGCAAACCACAAUUCAAUAAUACAGCAGGUAAUAGUGAUAGUUACAUCAGGAUAUGAUUAAAUAGUGAUAGUUACAUCAGGAUGUGAUUAAAUACAAAGUACUACAGGUUAAAAACUUGGCAGAUUACAGUAUUCUGAAGUACAGGAUUAAAUGCAGUAAAAUAGGGGCUGAUAAGAGCAAAAUAAAGCACGAAGACAAUAUAAUUGUUCGUUAUUCCGUCGUAGGGUCCUUAUUUAUUAAUUCUGACUAUGGGUCGGUUACAAAUAUAAAAAAGCAAGUACGCUAUUUUCUGCGCAGGUAAAAAAAAAACAAACAAAAAAAAAAACAUAAUAUAAAUGAAAACAAUAAUCAUGAGAAGCCGAGUUGACGUUUUCGACGGUAUAGCCAAUCACUAGAGUGAUGGAGGGGGAGCUACCCAGCGUGCCUGUGUGCUGGAGGAAGUUGUGUUGGGUUAUACAUUAAAGAGAAGGGCAGCCCGUGUUGCUGAGACUAGCAGAACAAGCUGAGGCAGGAGGGAGGACGGGCGUAGCAGACAGGCUCUCGCACACCCAUAGCACAAAAUGGCAGGGACAAAAAAGAACGAAAAAACGACUAGAUCCAGCGGGGAAACAAACGGUGCAGAGCACGGGGAAGAAGGAAGAAACAUUUCAGCCAAGUUAGGGACUCAUUUCAAGCAAUGGGAGGAAGACAAGAGAUGAAUGCCACCUUCUAGCUGAUUUGGCACGUUUGCAUGGAGAACAUUUCUGAUGGGAGACAAGAAACAGCUGGGAUGUCUGAUAGUCGAGCACUGCGUUGCUGAUUUGCAAGAUAUUUCCAGCCUAGAAGAUAUUCACGAACAAGACUGUCAAGACUACUUGACCCCAUACAACUGAGGAGAUUCUCAAGUGGAGACUACUGGUAUGUCACCAAGAUGGCGCCUCCUUUAUCUGUGAUUUUGGGACUACUGUAUCAUAUGGCAAGACUGAUUUCAUUGACUCGAAAUGGAUUCUGUUGAUCAACUGCAUUUGUACUUGCCAUGUUUUUAUAAGAUUAAUUUCAUAUUUGGAAGCUGUAAAAUCUACAAGAAAUGCAGUGGAUAUUUAUGUCUUAAUUUCAAAAGUGUGUCACUGAAUAUUUGAAUCACUUUUCAAGGGGAGAUGCAUCUUGAACUCUGUGUUACUUGAAUCAUACAAAUAUUUUGUUGGAUUGCUGUGAAGGAUACAAAAAUAAAAUAUCAUUAAAUUAACUUCUUGCCUCAUCUGUGUUAACUUCUUUGGGAUAUUUCCCAAAUAUUAGUGCAUUUAUGUGUCUAGCUUUUACCCAUGAUGGAAUUAAUAACCCGAUUUUGGAUGCAAAAUGGGUACCCUUGAGUUAUUGACAUGUCAGUUAAUGUGACUUUAAGGUGUCCUGUUCAUGCUUCUAAGGAAAUGCUGUUUUCUUAUGAGUUAAAAUGAUGCAUAACUGCUCCUAAUGGGGAUCUAACAAAGGUAGCUUUUAAAUGACCUGAUUUAUGUGCAAAGUUUUUGAACUAAUCAGCUAUUUACUUUGCAGAUUCUUUAUUUUGUUGCAUAUUUUCAUGUAAACAUUAUUGGUGUAUUAUAAUGUAUUUGUGUCUCUACAAAGAAAACGGUUGCAUGUUUUGUUUUAUGUGAAGGAUGCAGACUGACUCCCUAUAACUGUAUUUUACUUGGUGUAUCAAAUGUUGAUGUGAAUGUAUGAAGCUGUUAUCUUUUUGAACUUCAUAAUGUGUAUUGGUGGUUUUGGGAUUGUCAUGUUUUGCUUUAACCAUAGUCUUGAGUGGUCAUGCUUUUACCUAAUAAGAUUAUCAAAGUGUAUUGAAUGCCAUGCAAGUUAUUUAAUACUCAGUAAUAUGUCAUUGAAGUAGCCCAUGAUGGCCCUUUUAUCACAUGAGUUGUUCAUUGCGAAACCAUUGACCAAGCCCAAUAAUUGUUUCAUUUGCAUGUAAACUGUACUUGAUCUCAAUCCUGUUGAAGUAUUAAGACAAAAACUGUUAUAACCAUUCGCUGCUUAGGUUUAUUUGGGGGUUCCUCCAUCUCUGAUAGGUUAAUAUUUGCUUACAAUGAGUCCAACCUUAUCUUGGCAUGGUCAUCCCUUGCCCUCUACCAGUGCUGCCCUAAUAUGAGACAAAGGGUCAUUGUUAAAGGCGUGUCUGUAAUAUUUGCCCUCAUUUAUUCAAGGACCUGUGAUGCUUUUCAAUGAUAGUGUAAAUAAACUAUUCCUUCUAAAGAUGACCUCACAACAGGCUUUGUUGUCUAAUUUAUAUUAUGAAUCUGAAAAACAAGAUGAGCACAAAGAGUUAAAUGGGGUUUGAAGGUGGCUAUCAUGGUGUCCAAUGCUCUUGUGUUGCUGUUUUAAAAUGGCUCCAGAACAAUCAUUUCCUGUCUUAACAGGAAGUCCAUUUUGCUCCAUGAUCACAAUUAUUUGCACAAACAUUGAAAAAAGGAAUACAUGUACUACUUUUUGGCUAUAAUGAUAGUUGAUGUUAAAUGGCAAGAUGUUUAGUUGAGGUUAAGUUGAUAUACGAGUUUGAAGACCACUUUAAUUUUUGUAAUUUUAGUUAAAAAAUCAAAGGGGUGGGUCUUUGGUACAUCACCUGAGUCCUGGGGUAAAUGGAAAGAGCGUCAGUCAAAGGCAGAGCUCUCAGAGCUGGGAAGGAGCUCUUGAUGGUGGCUGUGCCUUGGAGAGGAGUGCAUUGAGACUCGCUUAGCUUUUCUAACACUUUGUAUAACUUUCGGCAACUUUUGGGCCGCCCCAGGGGCCACUGAGUGACUUUAAUUUGCAAUAUUGUUAACUUUAGACAUCUCUUAUUUGUAAUAUUGCUAUAUUUAAGCGUUUUUGUUGUAUUUCUACGCCUUUAUCGCGGGGAGAAAUACAGUACAGUGCUUGUAUGUGCGGGUCGUUGUUUUCCCAGCACUAGCAGCCAUGGCGCACCUCCAUUUUUGUGCGCACUGGUAGGGCGCUUCUCGGACGCUUUUUAAUUAAUGAGUAGCAUUCCCGAUUACACUUUUUACUUAUUUUGAUCAAAUAUCAUAUUUAACGACGUAUUAAAAAGCAACAUGUUAACAUUUGUAAAACGUAUUAUGGAAUAAAAACCGAAUUGGCAGACUGGGAAGUAACACGAUUGACCAAAGUAUACAUGGAAUAGUAAAUACCAGGACAUAAGAGGAUCAUAAAACAAUAAACGUUUUUAGGAUUAAAAUCAUGAUGAAGAAUAAGAACAAAAAACACGAAGAGGACGGCGCAACCCAAAGCAAUGCAUCAAGCAAUUCUGCUUCUGAAGAGUCGAACCACUCUGGCUCUGAGUCGGGGAGCCAGUCUGAGAGUCAGCAAGGAAGUGGGCAUGGAAGAGAGAAAGGCAACGAUCAUGCCAGUGAAUUCAACAGCAGCUCCGAAUCUGAAAGCCAGUCUGAUUCAGAGUCCGAAUCAGUGGGAUCAAAAUCCCAGCAAAAUUCCUCAGAGGUCAAAGAUAAACCAGUCAGCAGGAAGGAUAGAUUAGCAGAUGUUAAGAAGAUGUGGGAAGAGCAUCCUGAUGUUUAUGGGGUCAGGCGGUCGAACCGGAGCAGACAAGAGCCUGCUCGUCUUAAUUUUGGAGCUCAGGGCAGCAGUGACUCUGAAAGUGAAAGUCCAAAAAGAGGACUAAGACAAAAGAAGAAAGAAAAUAUCUGGAAAGAUGAUGGCUCUAAUGAUGAAGACGACGACAAUGAUGAUGAUGAUGAUGAUGAUGAGGAUGAGGAGGAUGCCAGCAGUGCAGAGAGUGAGCAGGAAGAAAAGAAAGUUCGAUCACGACGACCCACAGCCAGAAGAACACAGACCAAAGCCACUGUCAAAAAACAAAAACCUCAGCGGAAACGGAAAAAACAAGACUCUUCAGACGAAGAUGACGAUGAUGAUGACGACGAUACCCCCAAGAGACAAACACGGCGUCAGGUUGCCAAAAAUGUCAGUUACAAGGAGGACGAGGAUGACUUUGAGACGGACUCAGACGACCUCAUCGAAAUGGCAGGGGAAGGAGCCGAAGAGCAGCAGGAUGACAGUGAGACCAUUGAAAAAGUGAUGGAUGUCAGGAUUGGAAAAAAAGGAGCCACUGGUGCUUCAAGCACUGUGUAUGCUGUAGAAGCCAACGGAGACCCCUGUGCAGACUUUGACCCGGAGAAGGAUGAGGGGGAAGUUCAGUACCUUAUAAAAUGGAAAGGCUGGUCCUAUAUCCACUGCACCUGGGAGAGCAUAGAAUCAUUGACACAGCAGAAAGUGAAGGGGCUAAAGAAGCAGGAGAAUUUUAAGAAGAAGAAUGACGAAAUAAAAUACUGGAUGUCCAAAGCAUCACCUGAAGAUGUAGAGUAUUAUAACUGCCAGCAAGAGCUGACCACUGACCUGAAUAAGCAGUAUCAGAUUGUUGAGAGAGUAAUAGCUGUGAAGACAGGAAAGUCAUCCCAAGGCCACUCUGACUUUCCCUCUCACAGUCACAAGACUUCCUCCAAUGAGCCAGAAUACCUGUGCAAAUGGAUGGGGCUUCCUUAUGCUGAGUGUAGCUGGGAAGAUGGAGCUCUGAUUGGAAAGAAAUUUCAGCACUGUAUAGACAGCUUCCAUAACAGAAACAACUCAAAAAACAUCCCUUUCAAAGACUGCAAAGUACUAAAACAGAGGCCAAGGUUUGUGACAUUGAAGAAGCAGCCAGCAUAUAUAGGGGGAGACAAUCUGGAGCUCAGAGAUUACCAGUUAGAUGGACUUAACUGGCUAGCGCAUUCCUGGUGCAGGUGUAAUAGUGUGAUCUUGGCUGAUGAAAUGGGCUUGGGGAAGACUAUUCAGACCAUCUCCUUUGCAUCCUACCUGUUCCAUCAGCACCAGCUGUAUGGACCCUUCCUGAUAGUGGUGCCUCUCUCAACCCUCACUUCCUGGCAGAGGGAGUUUGAAACGUGGGCACCUGAUAUGAACGUGGUGGUGUACCUCGGGGAUGUAAUGAGCAGAAAUACAAUUCGUGACUAUGAAUGGGUACAUUCUCAGACGAAAAGAAUUAAGUUCAACGCACUUUUAACCACAUAUGAAAUCCUAUUAAAAGACAAGGCAGUGCUGGGAAGUAUAAACUGGGCCUUCCUUGCAGUGGACGAAGCUCAUAGAUUGAAGAAUGAUGACUCGCUGCUGUACAAGACCCUGAUCGAUUUCAGGUCAAACCACCGUCUGCUCAUCACAGGGACACCCCUGCAGAACUCGCUCAAGGAACUGUGGUCACUGCUGCACUUUCUCAUGCCAGAGAAAUUUGAGUUCUGGGAGGAUUUCGAAGAGGAGCAUGGGAAAGGCAGAGACAAUGGGUACCAGAGCCUCCACAAAGUGCUGGAACCAUUCCUCCUGCGCAGAGUUAAGAAAGAUGUGGAGAAGUCCCUGCCUGCCAAAGUGGAACAGAUUCUCAGGGUGGAGAUGUCAGCCCAACAGAAGCAGUAUUACAAGUGGAUUUUGACAAGGAAUUACAGGGCUCUUUCCAAGGGGACAAGAGGAAGCACCUCAGGGUUCCUAAAUAUUGUCAUGGAGUUAAAGAAAUGCUGUAACCAUGGUUACCUGAUCAAACAACAGGAGGAGAAUGAGACCCAAAGCCAGUCAGAGCAUUUACAGAACUUGAUCCGAAGCAGUGGCAAGCUGGUCCUCCUUGACAAGCUCUUGACACGGUUGCGGGAGCGGGGGAACCGGGUUCUAAUCUUCUCUCAGAUGGUGCGGAUGCUGGACAUUAUUGCAGAGUACUUGGUCAUCAAGCACUAUCCUUUCCAGCGCUUGGAUGGCUCAAUAAAAGGAGAAAUAAGAAAACAAGCACUCGAUCACUUUAAUGCUGAAGGUUCUGAGGACUUCUGUUUCCUGCUGUCCACGCGAGCGGGCGGCUUGGGCAUUAAUCUCGCCUCGGCUGACACGGUGGUUAUCUUUGACUCUGACUGGAACCCCCAGAACGACCUGCAGGCACAGGCCAGGGCACACAGGAUUGGGCAGAAGAAGCAGGUAAACAUUUAUCGUCUGGUUACGAAAGGGACAGUAGAGGAAGAAAUUAUUGAACGAGCCAAGAAAAAGAUGGUUUUGGACCAUCUUGUGAUCCAGAGAAUGGACACUACUGGACGCACAGUAUUGGACAACAGCUCAGGAACCUCAAAUUCAAAUCCAUUCAACAAGGAGGAGCUGACUGCAAUCUUAAAGUUUGGAGCAGAGGACCUUUUCAAGGAAGCUGAAGGAGAAGAGUCUGAACCUCAGGAAUUGGACAUUGAUGAAAUUUUACGCCUGGCUGAAACCAGAGAAACUGAAUCGUCAGUGAGCGCCACUGAUGAACUGCUGUCUCAAUUCAAGGUAGCUAACUUCUCAACAAUGGAAGAAAGUGUGCCUGAGUUGGAGGAGAGGCACCCCAGGGACUGGGAUGACAUCAUCCCAGAGGAUCAGAGGAGGAAGAUAGAGGAGGAGGAGAAGCAAAGGGAAAUGGAGGACGUCUACAUGCUGCCGCGAAGCAGGAGCUCCAACAAAAAGGCUCAGGCAAAUGACAGCGACUCAGAUGUUGGUUCAAAGUUGAAGCGGCAGAGGUCAUCCGGGUCAGAAAGUGAAACGGACGACAGCGACGAUGACAAAAAGCCUAAGCGCAAGGGGAGACCUCGGACACGGAAAAACAACGUGGAAGGGUUCACCGACGCAGAGAUUCGCAGGUUUAUAAAGGCGUACAAAAAGUUUGGAGCCCCCCUUGAUAGGUUGGAAGCCAUUGCCCGGGAUGCUGAGCUGGUGGAUAAGUCUGUUGCGGACCUGAAGCGUUUGGGAGAGCUGAUUCACAGCAGCUGCAUAGCAGCGGUGCAAGAACAUGAGGAGCACUUGAAAGAAAACCCAAGCGAGGUUAAAGGACCAGGAAAACGCAGGGGUAUUACAAUCAAGAUUUCGGGUGUCCAGGUCAAUGCCAAAUCCAUUAUUCAGCAUGAGGAGGAGUUUGGGCCAUUUCAUAAAGCCAUACCUGUCGAUCUUGAAGAAAGGAAAAAGUUUCAAUUGACCUGUCGCGUGAAGGCAUCCCAUUUCGAUGUAGAGUGGGGCAUAGAGGAUGAUGCUCAAUUGUUGCUGGGGGUCUAUGAAUAUGGUUAUGGCAACUGGGAUUUAAUAAAAACUGACCCAGAUCUCACACUGGCCAGUAAGAUUCUUCCAGAUGACCCUGAAAAGAAGCCUCAAGCGAAACAGUUACAAUCAAGAGUUGAUUACCUCAUCAAGCUGCUAAAGAAGGAACUUGAAAACAAGGAUCCGCAAGGGGAAGAGACCAAAGUAAAGAGGAGGAAACCACGAGUGAAGAAGGAGAACAAGGCCCCGAAGGAUGAACACGGAAAUGACAUUUCAUCUCCUCGGCUUUCUGACAAUCCUUCUGAGGAAGGGGAGGUCAAGGAUGAUGGCACAGAAAAGAGUCCAACGAAGAAGAAAAAAAAGAAGGAUAAUAAAGAAAAUAAGGAGAAACAGGGAGCACCCAAGAAAGAUAAAGAUGGGGACAAGGAGAAAAAGAAGUCAAAACCGAAAAAAGAAAAGACCAAAUCUGCCGGUAAAGGGAAGAAGUCUCAAGGCCCUGUCCACAUUACUGCAGGGAGUGAGCCAGUCCCUAUUGGAGAGGAAGACGACGAACUCGACCAGGAGACAUUCAGUGUUUGCAAGGAGAGAAUGAGACCAGUGAAAAAGGCUCUGAAACAGCUGGAUAAACCUGAUGAAGGUCUGUCAGUUCAGGAGCAGCUCCAGCACACUCGCACCUGCUUGCUGAAGAUUGGAGACCGUAUCACAGAGUGCCUUAAAGCCUACACUGACACGGAGCAGGUCAAAACCUGGAGAAGGAACCUUUGGAUUUUUGUAUCUAAAUUUACAGAGUUUGAUGCCAGGAAACUUCACAAGCUGUAUAAGAUGGCACAGAAGAAACGAUCACAAGAAGAGGAGAAGGGACAUAAAAAGAAGGAGGACCCCUCUGGAAGUAAAAAGCCAUUCCUAACCGAGCCCUCUGGUUCCAGUCGAGAAUCCAUGGGCUCCCAGACACCCCAGAAACCACACUUGCCUCUCUCUCACCCCGCACAGCACCACAGGGACAACUACAGCCAACCAAACAAGAGACAUUUUAGUAAUGCAGAUCGAGGUGACUGGCCAAGAGAUCGCAAAUACAGUUAUCCAGGAAACAGUAAUCAGCCAUGGGCAGGUGACAGGCAUCACCAGUAUGACCAGCAUCGGUAUAAGGAGCACCAUUACAAUGACCGCCGACCUCAUGGUGAACCCUAUCGGAGUUCCAACAACUAUCGAUCAAGCGGCUCACCCCGCAAGCGGCAGUACGACCAGUACAGCAACGAUCGAGAGCACCGGAGAAGCAGGGACUAUUACGAGAGGCACCAAGAUCCCAAGCGGCGACGAGUAGAUGACUUCAGAUCACAAACCUACCACCAGGGUGGCAGUCAUCCACAGGACUUCAGGAGGAUGCCUGACCAUAGAUCCCAGAUUGGCAACCACAGCCAAGGGGCAUCCGAACAUCACCGGACAUUCCACCCAGAGAAACCUGGGAACUACAAACCCCCUUCUCUGGCAACUCCUGUCCUGAUGGACCCCCGUUCCCCUCAGUCUCAAAAAUCUCCUCAUGACUCCCGGUCCCCCUCUAGACAGGUCUCUGGAAUAUAAAACACUCCUGAUCUCAAAUGCAGUGCAAGACUAACUUGAGUAGGAGCUGGAAUAGGCCACUGGUAACUGAUACAUGCUGCUAAGUUAGAUGCCAAAAUGGCUCACCUUUUAUUGAAUGGCCUAAGACUUUCAGUUGCUGUUGGGUUGUCAGUUUAAUUUGCUGGCCAAUAUUGUUGAGAGUACAACAAGCAAAACCCCUUUACCUGUCAUUUUCUGGAAUAAGGUCAAACUAAUGUGUUGGGCACAGAUUAUAUUGAAGAAACACAGUUAUAAACAGCCUUUGCAUGAAAAAGCAAAAGUUGCUACUUUCACUAUAUGCAGGUACAUUUAUUUUAUUUUGCAGACGGUGGCAAGGUUUGAGAAGUUAGUCCCAUGGACUGCUAAUGAUACUGGGCCUAGGUCAAAAUAUGAAAGUGCCUAAAAUUCGUGGGUAUGAAAGUUAAAAGGACUGCAAAUGUACAUCAGUGAUGUCUGUUAAAACCAAUUCUUUAGGACAGAUGAAAUAUUUGGCAUUCUGAUGGAGUUGAGUUUUCCAAUUCGUAAUUACGAGGACCGGUUUGGAUGCGUUUGUAUGGCAGGUAGAACCUUUUUGAAAGUUUCACCAGCCUACACAUGUAGGUGGCCACGUCAAUGAGUUCAUGGCUUUGUUUACUGUGUAAUUUCAAGAAAUUGUACAAAGGACAAUAAUAUGUGCACAAAACACGUACAUAUAUAUUUUCAUAGAGGUCAAGUGCAAGGGUUCAUGGUAUUUCUUUUCUUUAUAAGCUCCUGUUUGCACCUUAUUUUGUUUUGCUUGGAAAGUAACUAAAGGUUGAAGGAUGCUACAGUUUCCAGCUGCACUGUCUGACCUUCUGUUUGUAGUUCUUGAUUCUUUGAGGUAUGUUAAAAGCUUUUUUUUUUUUUUGUUCUUCCUGACUCAAUUUCUUAAAUGCAUUUACAACAUUUUCCUUGACUUUAAGCUAUAGCUGAUUGCUCUAGUCAGUUAACAAUCAAGGAAAUGCCACCCACAAGGCUUGAUAUCAUGAAUUAAUUAAAUUGAGAUUCGUGAGCCUUUUUAUAUUAAAUAGGAAAAACAAUUGAGCCAGAAAAAGGGAGUCAUGCCUGUUAACUGAAAAUAAGCAUAGAUGAUUUAACCAUAGUUCAGGCUGAAGAUGACUUAUUUGUAGAACAAAUUGUUGUUUUGCAGAAAAGUAUUUUCCGUUUUAAUACACAGCUUGUAUACCCUGAUUGUUUCAUAUACAAGCUGUUUUAAGAGGAGCUUUUAUAAUCUCAUUUGAAAUGAGUUCAGCCCUGGUUUGUACACUAAGUCACUGAAUGAAUGGUAUGUUUACAGCUUGCCUUGCACUAAAGAAAACAGUAUUUAAGUAAAGAAUCCAUUCAUAUGUAGUAUUGUCUGAAUGUAUUGUAAGAUAAUGUCAUUAAAGUAAGAUUAAUAUGGUUGUGUCCAUAAGAGGCGGUUUUCUUAAGUAGAUGUCGAAAUUAUGCUGCUGUUAACAGCUCUGUCACAAUAUCAUUUAGCAAAUUAUUAUGCUAAUCUGGCUCUUCUUUCCUUGAAGUAUUAGGACAAAAGAUUUUUUUUGUAUUUAUUAUUUUUUUUUAUUAUUAUUUUUAAAUCCAGGUACAAGCUCUGUAAAGGACCCUGGAACGUGGUUAUGUACAAUGCAAAAUAGUGGUAUCGGCAACAUUUGUAAGUCCAAAUUCUGUGGUUUAAACUCUCAACCAUAAUACCAAAUUUUAUAUUUGAAUGUGAAUAAAAUAGCUGCUGUUACCCUAAGUACCAGUGCCAUAGACACACAGAACUGACCAGGUGAAGUGUUAACUGUAUUUGAAGUUGCAGUAUGCCUUUCCAGCUGUGCCUUGUAUCCUACUGACUUUGUAAGUGUAUUAACUAUUUGUGAUGAACAAGCUAGAUAGAAGGUGAAAAAGACUUGUGACUUGCCAAACUUUUUUAUUUAAUCCGUAAAGACUUUAAAAAUAAGCUAGUUCAUUAUAUAUAUAUGUGUGAAUAGGGACCAGUGUUUGGUCUGAAAUGGUGUUUUCACAUUCUCGAAUAAACUACAUUCUCAGUAAUAAAAAGUUGCAUUGGAGCAACAGGGACAUUACUGGGUUAAAUUUGCACCUUGAUAUAUUUAAACACACAUGUAAAACACAUCUUAAAUCUUCGCAGCACCAGCUUUUCCAAAUCCCACACAUUGAGGGUUAAACUUUUACAAAAAAAAGAAAUUGCAUUGCAGUAUAAGCAUACUACAACUUCUUAGCAGAAGUGAGAAAAUGUAAAGCUAUUGUUAGAGGUAAAGUCACUGUAAACAGAGCCUAUUUUCUUUUCCAAAAUCUUUCUUUAAAACACAAGUGAACUUAAAACUAGAUCAGUAAUUUAUAUUUGUGAGAAAGCCACUGUUUUAAUGUGUUUUGGUGUAAAUAUGUUAUUUAUAGUACUGUAUGUAUUAAAUUUUCUUACAUUGUAAA